UGUCGGACAGUCUUAACAUGGCAGACGACGAGAGUAGCUCGACGUCCGACGAGAGUUUGGACGCGAAAAGUGAGAAAUUUAAUCCGAUGAAAGCACUUUAUUCAAAAAAGAUUCAACUAUCGGCCAGCAAAGCACCGAUUUACGACAAUGUUUCCAAGUUUGAAGCCGUAAUGUCUGGCCUGGCUGGUCAAAAGAAAAAGAAAGAUGAAACGCCCGACGUAACGCGAGGAGAAUGUUCGAGACAACGAUUUUUACCUCAUCAAGAGCCUGUGACUGGCAGAAAGACGACCGGACGACCAGACUGGAGUAUAGAAGGAAGAAACGUCCUCGCGAAAAUGCAAAGAGCCUUCGGCCCGUUAGGUAUGCUACACGGAUACAUGGAAAGUCGGACCCGCGUUAAGGUCUACACCAGGAACGCGCGCGGCAUAAGGGGACACGUGGAGGCAUACGUGGCUGCCUUCGACAAGCACUGGAACCUCGCGCUCGAGGACUGCUUCGAGGUUUGGACCCGUAAAGUCAAGAGGAAAGCACCUGCUCUUGGUGCUCCAAGCGGCGUGAAGAGGAAAGAAGACACCGCGCCCAAAGUAGUCGUGAAGAAGAUCGAAGGAAAGGAGGAGACCUUGGAGAGACACGUGCCGCAAAUGCUGCUGAGGGGAGAACAGGUCGCUAUAAUCGUCAAAAUCAAUUGAGUCAGUGAAUACGUCCUACCACCGAGAAACUGACACUGGUGACGUCACACGAUUCCACGUUGCGACGUAUCGUAUCGCCGGACGAGUAACGAGCAACGCGACGCGAUACCUUUUUUUUUUACAAUAAAAUUUUAAUUUUCGACACUU